GCCCGCACGAGUUGGGAAAUCGCUUCUCGCUCGCCUCAGUCUGGCUCGAACGUCGUGUUGUAUCGACGCGUACUCGCUGCGACACUCGCCCCUCGCGAGCCUCCGUUCGAAUACGCGAACGCGCCUCAGAUAUUCGAAAGAAGAGCGCGCGGCGAAAAUAGUGAGCUCGUGGUCCGCUCGUGGCCUUCUCGUGGCCGGGAUCGGUCUAGGUGGAAAACCAGUGGUAAGUGCGGGCAGUACGAUGCUGCCUGCACUGUUGUUGCUGGUGCUGCUGGCCCCAGCAGGGCCCGCAUAUGCGCGCCGCCAUGCCCCCGACCUGCGGGAGGACGAGCCCGCAAGACGAACCACGAGACCGGCCGAAUGUCAGUUCGGGAAGCAGGCGAAAGAGCUCGGCUCGACAUGGUACGCAGACCUCGGCCCGCCAUUCGGUGUGAUGUACUGCAUCAAAUGUGAGUGUAUAUCGGUACAAAAGAAGCGUCGGGUAGUUGCCAAGGUGCACUGCCGCAAUAUAAAGAAUGAAUGCCCGGAACCCUCGUGCGAUACACCUACGUUGCUACCCGGAAGAUGUUGCAAGACUUGCCCAGGCGAUUUAGAUUCUCCAGAUAUCGUCCAAGAAGAUAGUCCCACCGUUGUGAUUACUACUAAUGAUGACGAGGAACUUAGUUUGAGACACUUUGGAGCUCUGUUGACUGGUCGAUCACCUUUAUGCAUAAGGCGAGAUGAUAUGACCGGAGUGCCCGUAGCUUCAGGUGUGGCCACCGCACGCUUUACGUUUCGACGCCGUCACCUGUAUUGGUCUGUUUUACUCGGCCCGACCAUGGUCCUUCAACCGCGCGCUUUGGCAUUUCUAGACAGAGGUGGAAGAAUGCUUCUCGAACAUCCCUUAAAAAGAGCUCCUGGGAUUCACGCUACUUACGAGGAAAAAACAGAUAAGCUAUGUGGCGUCUGGCGUCGAGUUCCCAGAGAGUAUAAGCGUUUAUUGAGAGAAGGCUCUUUGUAUGUGGCACUGAUUUGGGGUGACGAGCGAAACAACUCAAUGGAUAGUGCACUUAGUGGCAGAAUAAACAGGUACCCAGCGCUUUCUACGGAAAUGUUUACGUCUCUUCUCGAACCCGAACAUGCCCCUACAGUAAUCACUAAAGGGCCGUGCGAUGACUACCGAAUGCCAGGUCAGGAAGAAGGAUGGUGGGGAGGCACUGCUGUGGUAACCGGUGCAGCUGGAGCUGCUCCCAGUUUACAUCUGGCAAUAAUUUAUAAUGGUGUUUUUAUGCCCUCAUCGAGAGACCAAUCUGUAAGAGUACUACUGACGCUCCCCGAAAGAAAUCAAACAAUAAUUGAUGAGGUUCAAAACGUAAACAAACCAGGCUACGAGUUAAAUGUUCUAGAAGUUUCAACACCUGUGUCUGCUGCUGAAUUACGGUCAUUGUCAAGAGGGCGGCUUCUGCUAUCGGUGGAAGCGACUGGAACAAUAGAAAGACGCAUUUCUGGAAGUGUCAGGCAAAGGGCUGCUUGUGAAGUCUUCCAUGCACCUUUGAUGGCGGAAAGACCUCCUGCAACACUUGCACCUGAAGGUCUUGCUUUGCUUUAUAUUGAUAAAGAUGGAUCCCUUGUCUAUGAUAUACAGAUAGAAAAUUUAAGCAUAUCGGAUCCUAAGAUAACUUUGGUGGAAGAGCAAGGCAAACGUCAUUCGCAAGUAGAAAUAUUGGAUACCAGGAUGGGUGUAUUAGCAAGACCCAGUGCACGUAUAUUCCCUCCACUUUAUGAAGACCAACUCGCAGUGCACAUCGGAUCAGAUACAGGUCCUCCAAUGUUGAGAGGUCGAUUAUUAUCAAGAUCUCUACCAGACGCAGCUAGUUCAGGACCAGCAUUACUGAGACGUACCGACGCGCGUAUGCCUCCUUCUAUCAACCCGGUUGCUGGUCUCGCCUGGCUAGCAGUUGAUUCUUUGUGCGGGAUUAAUUAUGAGGUGGUUGUAAACGGGUAUUCUGGUGCCUGGUCUACCUGGCUGGAGAGUCACCCACCUGGCAGCAGUGGUCCAAGGAUCUUAGCUGGGUUGGAAGGUUCGGUUCUAGAACCUUCUCCAGCGGAGUUAGCAGCGCUUAAUGCUGGCUCCGCUUAUCUCAACGUCCGCUCAUCGGAUAAUGACACGGAAUUCUUACGCACGCGGUUGCAUCAGAUAAGCGUGCCAGCAUCGUGUCUUCCGUCAGGUUCAUACUCCAAUGAUGUAGGUUCUAAUAACGUACCAACGCACAUGAAUUCUCCACCACCAGAUAACUCCCUUUCGAACACUGCUUCAUGCUAUUACAAUGGAAAAUUGUACGAAGAUGGCGCGCAAUGGAUAUCUACUGAGUCCUGCCAUAUGUGUGGAUGUGUCCACGGCAUACUGAGAUGUGACCAGGUGCGAUGUCCACCGGUCAAUUGCGCCGUUCCCACAAUUCAACCACCGGGUCAAUGUUGUCCUAUUUGUACCAAUUCAACAGCUGCAGUCUGGAACGAGUCGCACGGCUGUCAUCUUGCUGGACAAUAUCAUGCGCCUGGCUCUUCCUGGCAUCCUUACUUAGUACCGGGUGGUUAUGACACAUGCGCAAUAUGCACAUGCGAGUUCCCAACGAGACAAGUACGAUGCCCGCGAGUGAGGUGCCCACCUCUGAAAUGUACCGAGAAAGACGCUUACAGACCAGACAAGAAGGCCUGCUGUAGAGUGUGCCCCGAGGUUAAAACAAAAAAGACAGAAGAAGAUACGCCAAAGGAUCAAGGAGCGCCACGCACUGCGGAAGAGAUCCUUGCUGAAGGAGGUUGCAAGUUCCCAGACGGUCCUCUGCCGAAUGGCAAAGAAGUUCAUCCAUCAAUACAUUCACACGGGGAACAGAGAUGCGUCACGUGUAGGUGCAAGGACGGCGAGGUGACGUGCAUCCGCAAGCGCUGCGGGCGAGCGGCGUGCGCGCGGCGACGACGCGGCGACGCGUGCUGUGCUUGCACGCGCCAUCGCCGCCAGCGUGCACCGCGCCUCGACGCGCCGAGCUGAGCGCCGCGCCGCCGCGCCGCGACUCCCGCGCACCCGCGCACACCCGGCCGUUGUCGCCCGACACAGUAUUACUGCGCCGGAACCCCCGUCUAUCCCAGACUGCUCCUAGGCUAAGUGAGUGAACGCUUCGCUCUAUAGACUGAUAUAUUUUUAUGUUAUCUUGCGAUUCGAAUGUGUCUAGUGUCGGUGGUGCGGCGGUCGGCCGAGCGGCGGCCCGGAGCGGAGCGCCUUGUUGCAACGGCGAUUGAAUAUACAUUUCCCACCGGUAUUUUAAUUGGUAUUAUGUGUCCAGAAAUUAGUAGGCGCACAGAGUGCUCGGUAGAGGGUAGGACCCGAAGGACGCGUCGGUCGUCCGGCUCGGCCGCACGUAGACAGGAAUGUGAGCGCGGUCAAUGAUGUUAAAGAUGUGCCAUAUUUUCUUAAUGUAAAUAAUAAAUUAUUAAACUUUAUUUUACUUAUGUGCAUAUUUAUUUACAACUCUUAAUGUAUAUUAUACGGUAUCGUAGCGAUCGUAUCUUGUCAUGUCUAAGCCAUCACAACUAUAUUGUCGUCGAUUCGAUCAUCUCUAUUUGUGCAUUUGCUUGUAGUUUGUAUAUCUUUACGUAAUACCACAUUUGUACAUGUUACAUACUCGGUAGUUCUUACCGUAUUUAAUAAGCCUGUGGUAACUUUAAUAUGUAAGUAAACCUAAGUUGGUAUCUGUAACUUAAGUUCUAUUUAGUCUUUCGAUAAUCGGCCACAGCAGAUUUUGUAAAUACCUUAUUCGUACGUUGUUCUACUUAUAUAAUUCUAUACUAUUAUAACUAAUGAUAUUUUACGUUGAAUGCUGUUAUAGACCGUUAGCAUGGUUACACACCGUUAAAAAGCAAUUAAUUAGAUAUACCUAGUUUACGUAAUCUUGACUAGUUUUUUUUUAAUUAUUAGGUAAACAGUUUUAUAGUUACGUAUUUAAGGAAGCUAGUCCAAAUGUGUUGAUGUGAUGGAUGUAAAUGCCAUGUAGCUAGAUAUAUGUCUGCUUUGAUUGAUAUUGAUAUACAUUAUAUUAUUUUAUUAUAAACAUCUAAAAGUAUUUCGCUUUUACGGCACAAAAUUGGGGGUUUACUUGUGUUAAACAUUGCCAAAAAUUUAGAACUUUUGUAAAGGUUUUCGCGUUUGUUGUGGGAUCUAGUCCAUCAAAAUUUGUGAAUGUAUUAUAUUGUUCUACUCACGUUAUUGGCUAUCUUUAUUUUAUGUUUUGAAAUAAUUAGAAUCAAUAAGAACACGAUUUAUUUUGGUUUUAGUACAUAAUCUAACAGUAGGGAAUAAUCACCUAUGGCUUGCGAAUAACAAAACUAAUAGCCAUAAAGGGUACUAUAAACUUGCUUGUGUUGCAUUGUUUUAAUUUGAUAAAUAUUAUAUUUUUAGUAGCUCACUCAUAUUAUACUCUCCCUCAUUAUACAAAGGGAAUGACUGUUUUUUUGGUUAUUUUAUCAAAUAUUUGGGCGUCCGAACUGGCGAAAAAAAAUUGCUUUAACUGUUGUAACUGGUCAAAAUUUCUGUAAAACGUCAUACAAUUUUAGUAGGUAUGCAAUAAAUUACCUGUGAAUUCUGGAUA